AAAUUUGUGCACAACAUUUGAGAGAAAUAAGCUUUUUGUGCAAAUCUUUUAUUUCAGCUCAUGAAACCUGGGACCAACACUUUACAUGUUGCGUUAAAAAAUGUGUUCAGUGUAUGUAUGGUAGGCAAAGCAAAGACUUCAACAAUACACAGAAUCUAAGAAAACCGUCUACUUCUUAUACUAAGAAAACAUAAUUGAAGUAUAUAGAUCUAUUUUGACCUCAGUGUUCAGUAAGGGUGUGUGGCACAAGCCCAAGUCAUUUCGCUAUGUUCAGAUAUGUCUAGUGCUGAUGGUGUUGUGGUUCUGUGAGUGUGUUAAUGAUGGUCUGUGUCUAAAUUGUUGAGGGAUCAGACCUGAUGCAUUACACUCAGUUUCAUCACUCCAACCAGCUCAUAACAGACAGGCUGAUACAAUUGUGUUGCAUUGUACUGUAUACCCUCACAGACAAUAAACUGAGCCCUUUGUGUAAUGUCUCCACUGGAGUAUCAUUUAGACAAUGUAAAAAAAAGGCACAAUGAAGACUGCUGUUAUGUCAAGACAGUGGAUUUGAUCAAAUACCUUUAUUUGAUAUCUAAAUGGAUCAUUAUGGCUUAUAUAAAAAUAUGGCUCAUAAAAGUAGGCUAUAGUAUGCCCAUUUGCCAUGAGUAGCCUACCUGUAUUUUCUACUCAGAGGAACGAUGAGCAGGUUCAGCAGCCAAUCUGAAAGCAGUUUUGUGUCCCAGUCAAAAUAAAGACAUCCAAUCACAUUGCUGUAGAGGGCGGGACUUCGUUAGCUUACUGCAUUUCCCAGGUGAGCGAGGUCAUUCAACACAACAUGAACAAAGGUAAUGUUAAAACUUUAAAAUACGGUUAAAACAAUAGCUUGUUUCUCCUAGAAUAUCUAUAUGCAGUCCAAUUUUCCUUGCGAAUUAAUGUUUCACCUUCCAGUAACUUAGUAGUCAGUCAUUGUUGUCUUCAUACCCGUUGGUGCAAUGGUGCUGUAAUGUGAAUAUCUGCACAUUAUCAAGGCUUUAGUUUUUAUAAAUGUAUUUAUUAGCCGUACCAUUCAGUUUGUCGGAGCGGUUUAUUUAUUUAAUUUAUGUAUUUUAAUUAGACUAUAUAGAAAUGGCAAGACAUGCCACGGUAGGCUAUUGUACAGCUCCCAGGCUGUUGCUGUUGUUGACGAACUACGCAGAUAAGGUACGCAUUAGUUCUAAUAAAAAAUAUAAUAAUAAGGAAAGUGUGCUUUAAAGCCGGCCUACUUUACAUGCCAGUAGUUUGGAUGCUUUACUAACAUAAUGUUGGCAACAGUGCAUUCUAUUUAGGCAAAGUUAGUUCAACGUCGCUGUCCAAGGUCCUGACAAGCCUUACUAGGCGCAUGGGGGAAAUCCUCCUUCAUGACGACACCGGGCUUAUCACGCAUUGGGUUAAGUUUAGUCCAAGGUAUCCAUGGCAUCGAAAGCAUGUGACAUCGUGUCUGUAAUUGGGUCAGGCAGGUUGAUGAAAGUAAGCUCAAGAAACUGUUAUCAAAAAGAACUCAGCCGUUCAUCAUUGCCCAAAGUGCUAUGAUUGAGGAAAUUGCAGCAUGUUUGGAAAUAAUUGAGUGACAUGUAUCCUUAUCAGUUUGCACAUAACAUUUGGUUGGUUAUUCAAUUGGAUGAGGUAUCUGACCCUGCAUGAUAUCUGACUUACUGCAUGCACUGGACAGGUCUGUGUUUCUCAUGGUGUUAGGUGGGGGAGUGAGAUUCACCAUGGCCAGGAAUGGACCAGAGUGUGAGUCCAGGGAGGCAGAGGGUCUGCCAACAUGUCACAAACCACCCAUCUGCACUGGCUUCUCCAUCCAGCGCUGAGCCCCUGAAGGAGUGUGUGAAAGAGGACCCCGCUCCUGGCCAUGGCUCACUCGUCAAACCCCUCCCGCAGGGACGCAACCCCCGGGUCAGGCACGGCUACGCGCCACCUCCUUCGGAAGCAGCAGCAGCGCCGUGGAAUCCGAUCCUCCUCCCCCAUGGGCCGGGUCAUCCUCAUCAACUCUCCUGUGGACGGUGGAGAUGACAGUGAGGACAUCCAUACGGUCACAGUGGAUAAGAGUGUGGACGGCAGGCUGGGCUUCAGCGUGCGUGGAGGCUCAGAGCACGGCCUCAGCAUCUUUGUCAGCAAGGUAGAGGACAACAGCUCCGCAGAGCAGGCAGGCCUGUGUGUGGGGGACAAGCUGGUGGAGGUGAAUGGGGUGAGCCUGGAGAGCAUCACUAUGGGCAGUGCAGUUAAAGUCCUGACAGGGAACAACAGACUGAGGAUGGUGGUGAGACGCGUGGGCAAAGUACCCGGCAUCCGCUACUCCAAGGAGAAGACAACCUGGGUGGAUCUGAUUCAACGUAGGAUGGUGGUGGAGGAGAGUGGGCGUACGCCCUCCGCCUCGGUGGCCAGCUCAGAUGGGGCACUGCGGAGGAUCGUCCACCUCUACACCACCUCAGACGACUACUGCCUGGGCUUCAACAUCCGAGGGGGCAAGGAGUUCGGCCUGGGCAUCUACGUCUCCAAACUGGAUCCUGGAGGUCUGGGUGAACAGAACGGCAUUAAGAUGGGCGACCAGAUCCUUGCGGCCAACGGUGUAAGCUUUGAGGACAUCAGCCACAGCAGUGCUGUGGAGGUGCUGAAGAGCCACACACACAUCAUGCUGACCAUCAAGGAAGUGGGACGAUACCCUGCCUAUAAGGAGAUGGUGGCAGAAUACAGGUGGCUUAACAAGUUGGCCAGUGGCAAUGAGACUCGGCAGUCUUCCUCCCAGGGCUCAGACUCCAACUCCUCUGCCUCAUCCUUGUCCUCUGGGACUCCUAUCUCCUCUCUGAGCGGACUGUCUCAGGUCAUGUUCCCCCCCAGCCUGCCCUUCGGCAUGGACAUGGUGGACGUCUGUAUCUCUACUGAGGACCAGAGGUCUGGGUCUGGCCAGUGUACUGACACCGCCAUCCAGACCGACCCCUCACCUCACAGGAUGGGGGCGGACACUAGCCACAGCCUGGGGGCCACUACCCUCCUACAGGACUCAGCCAUCCGGGGGGAGGGAGGGGAGGGAGGUAGGGGGAGAGGAGAGUCCCCCAAAACGGCCGUCCUCAUGGCCCUCAGUAGACCCAGCCAGCCCAUCCACCGUUCCCAGAGCCAGGUCACUGUAGCAGAGGUGAAGCAGACGAAGCAGAAGAAACAACAGCAGAAAGGAGGGAAGAAUCCUGAGAGGAGCACCCUACAGCGCUCCAAGACCUUUGUCAACCUGCUGUUCAGGGGUCGCAGGAGAGACACCUCCAAGGGGCGCUCCAAGUCCCCCCCCAAUUCCGAGGCAGGCAGAGAUGGGGAGCGCAGGCGCAGACCCAGUGGGCCGGACCCAGAGAUGCUGGGGGUGGUGGAGGGCAUGGCCCGCAGGCUGCUGAGUGAGGACGACGUGGCCUCUGUCAUGAAGACCUGCCGACGGUACAUAACAGAGCGUGUGGUGGAGAACCUGGUGCACCACCUGCUGGCCGUGCUGGACCGGCCUGAGAAGCUGCUGCUACUGAGAGAGAUCAGAAUGUUGCUGCCUCCAGCUGACCUAGGGCUUUUCAACAAUAUGGUGGUCCCGUUCGAAGUGGAGGCCUAUGAUAUCUUGAAGUACCGUUCUGUCAGAUCCCCACUUCUGCGCUCCCCCCAGUCUGGACGAGCCCCCAGACGACACCUCAUCACCCCCAUCCCAGACUUCCAGGGGGGCUUUGAGCUUCACAGUGCCCAGGAGGUGGAGAGGGAGAGCCAGCUGCUGGAGGAGCUAGAGCGGCUGCGUCUGUCUGGGUCCCAGAGCCCCCGGGAGCAGCCCACCCAUACCUCCAGAGCAUUCCCCCCCCUACUGGAUGUCCCAGUGGAUGGCUACGCCUUCUCAGACUCCCUCCGUCCUCCCUCCGUCAGCCCCCUGCUCCCCAACUGGCUGCUGGCCCACAGCAACACCACCGACCCCCGUUCCCCCCUACGAGGAGACAGUGGUACGGUCCGCUCGGUCCACUUUGAUGAUGUGUCAAUGGACCAGGGAGAUACCAUCUCAGAGCGGGGGAGGUCUCCGUUCAGGAAUGGGACUUCCAAGGGUAAAAAGGAGAAAACUGAUAAAAGGGAGAAAGAAACUGUGUUCACUCUGCAGAGCGCUCCUCGACGCAGCAGGCCCCUGUUGUCCCGGGUGUUUGGCUCUGGCCUGGACGCUGACUUCACAGCAGAGGGGGUGGUAGGGUUGGGAAGGGAGCGGGUGAACGGUCAUCCCAGCUCCUCUGAGAAUGGCCUCAAUGGCAAUGCUCCUGUCAUAGAGUACGAGCUCAAAAUCGUCAGCAUCUCCAAGACUAAGCAGUCACUGGGGAUCAGUAUUUCUGGUGGGAUGGAGUCCAAGGUGCAGCCGGUGGUGAAGAUAGAGAAGAUCUUCCCAGGAGGAGCCGCCUCCACGUGUGAAGUCCUGAAGGCUGGAUUUGAGCUGGUGUCAGUGGAUGGAGUGUCCCUGCAGGGCGUGACUCACCCCCACGCUGUGGAGAUCAUCCGCAGGGCUUUCAGCAACAAGGCCAAAGACCCCAUGGUGUUUAUAGUCAAAGUCCCCAAAAGCCCUUGACUUAAGACUGACUCACUGCACAGAAAAAUUGAGCUUUGGCCUGGAGGCCCAAUACCUAAACCCUAGAAGCAACACAAACAGAGCUGCAGUAUGUUGGAAGAAGGGGAGAAGAGUGAGGAGUGAAAAGUGACGGUCUGAAGGAAUUAUGUGGGUUACUAGGAAACUCCUGUUCCCUCAAUGGUGAACCAGGAGGAUCUGGCCAAUCAAACGAGGGGACUAAGAGACCUGCCGCCACGGGAACCAGCAGCCAGUGAUGUGUGUUCUUACCUAAAGCGUCAAGCCACUCAGAGCCAAUAGUAGGCCAGUUCACACAAUCCUUCACUUUUCAUUAUUUGUUAUAGUGUAUUAAUUUUCACAUCACUUUCACAAAUGAUGCAAAAUAAAUAUACACAUUUAUAUACAGACAUUUCUAUGGACAAUACUUUACUUAAAUCAUUAAAUACACCGGCUAAUGUAUGCAAACUGUAAUCCGAGUGCCUUCCAGGACCCCUGUGAACUGAACUAAUGGUUGUCUGUCUGAGCCAUAGAGAAAAAUAGAGGGCUCAUCUUUGUAUAUGUGCCAUUAAUAGCGUCUGUGACAGCAUGGGCAGCGCCAUUGAGGCAAUCUCCAUUUUGAAGUAGUCCAUUUUUUCUUCUUCACGAUUGGCAGAUCCCUCCUGAUGACCCGGCUGAACAUGACUCCAACAGAGUCACAAGGAGGGAUCAGCCCAUGCUAAUUACAGCCUUUUGGCCACUAGAGGCCUCUAUAAUUCACUAUGGUCUGAGCAGUGUGCAGCGGAGACCAGAAGAUGGCAGGCUUGGAUCAGAUCCACCUGUCAGUUGAUGGUAAUGUUAAAACCAUGUAUAGACACACCGAGCCAAUAACUAUAGUGAUCAUCUUGAUUGGAAAUUCACAUGUUAUUAUCAGGUGUAAACAUGCCCUAAGUUUCUCCAAUUCUUGGUGAAGUGUCUACAGGCCAGACAAUCGGGAUACAGGGGAGUGACAUGUUAGCACAACGUACAUGUAUAAACGGGACUUAACAUAAUAAAAUAAAGAGCAACUGACCAUU